AUGCCACGAAAAGCGCUCGACUCGCGCAUUCCAGCGCUGAUUCGGAAUGGAAUUCAAGAAAAGAAACGAAGCUUCUUUGUCGUCGUUGGAGACCGCGCCAAAGAUGUCAUCGUGCACCUUCAUUAUAUCAUGUCCAGCGUCGAUGUCAAACAGAAUAAAUCAGUGCUCUGGGCGUAUAAAAAGGACCUGCUAGGUUUCACAACCCAUCGCAAGAAGAGAGAGAUGAAGAUAAAGAAAGAAAUCAAGAGGGGAAUACGCGACCCGAAUACCGACGAUCCUUUCGAACUAUUUAUCACCCUCAACCAGAUACGAUAUGUUUACUACAAGGAGACCGAAAAGAUAUUGGGAAACACAUAUGGAAUGUGUAUUCUGCAGGAUUUUGAAGCCUUGACGCCGAAUCUGCUUGCGCGAACUGUUGAGACUGUGGAGGGUGGUGGAAUAGUUAUACUUCUGUUGAAGGGCAUGAAGAGUUUGAAACAGUUAUAUACGUUAUCGAUGGACAUACACUCGAGAUACCGAACAGAAGCUCAUGACGAUGUGGUGGCCCGGUUUAACGAACGUUUCAUUCUGUCUCUUGGCAGUUGUAAUACUUGUCUUGUCGUUGACGACGAACUGAAUGUGCUUCCUAUAUCUGGCGGUAAGGCAGUGACGCCAUUACCGCCCAUCGACCCAGAGGAAGAAGCCAAUUCUUCUAGCAAAAAGGAACUCCAGUCAAUCAAAACGGAAUUGGAAGAUACGCAACCAGUAGGAUCAUUGGUUAAGCUAGCUAAGACCGUCGACCAGGCAAAGGCAUUGCUCACGUUUGUAGACGCCAUCGCCGAGAAAACAUUGCGCAGCACUGUUACGUUGACUGCUGCUCGUGGACGUGGAAAGUCAGCCGCUCUUGGUGUAGCAAUUUCAGCAGCCAUCGCCCACGGUUACAGCAAUAUUUUCAUCACCUCUCCCAGCCCCGAGAAUUUGAAGACUCUUUUCGAGUUCGUGUUCAAAGGUUUUGAUGAACUGGGCUAUCUUGAUCAUGUUGACUACACCAUUCUCCAGUCAACUAAUCCCGAUUUUAACAAAGCCAUUGUUAGGGUCAAUGUUCACAGGCAACAUAGGCAGACUAUACAGUACAUCCAGCCCCAGGAUGCUUUUGCUUUGGGACAAGCUGAGCUCUUGGUCAUCGAUGAGGCUGCAGCUAUUCCCUUGCCAUUAGUACGAAAACUGAUGGGUCCAUACCUUGUGUUCAUGGCCUCGACAAUCAACGGAUACGAAGGUACGGGACGAUCCCUCUCACUGAAACUGAUACAGCAGUUACGUGAGCAAUCAAGAGGAGGGGCCAAAGCAAAUGGUGCAGAUGAUACCGAUAUCACUGACCGGUCCGGAAAGGCCGCGAGAAAAGAAGGAGGCUCUCACUCCGGGGGUCGAACGUUACGUGAGAUUACGCUAUCGGAACCAAUUCGAUAUGCUCAGGGAGAUUCAGUUGAAAAGUGGCUCAACAAACUUCUAUGUCUUGAUGCAACUUUGCCAAAAUCGAAAUUAAACACCCAGGGAUGCCCACACCCAUCCCAAUGCCAGCUUCUUCAUGUAAACCGCGAUACCCUCUUUUCUUUCCACCCCGUCUCUGAAAAAUUCCUUCACCAAAUGAUGGCUCUAUAUGUUGCUAGUCACUAUAAGAACUCCCCCAAUGACCUACAACUCAUGAGUGAUGCGCCGGCUCAUCAGCUUUUCGUUCUGGUACCGCCUGUCGACGAGAAUGCGACAAAACUACCCGAACCACUAUGUGUUAUUCAGAUAGCCAUGGAAGGUCAGAUCAGCAAACAAAGCGUUUUGAACAGUUUAAGUCGUGGACAAAGAGCUGGCGGUGACCUUAUUCCUUGGCUCGUAAGCCAGCAAUUCCAAGAUGAAGACUUCGCUGGUCUAUCUGGAGCGAGAAUCGUGCGAAUAGCUACUAAUCCAGACUAUAUUAGUAUGGGAUAUGGCUCGCGUGCUUUGGAAUUGCUAAUCGACUUUUUCGAAGGCAAGUUUGCUAGCUUGUCGGAGGAUGAGAAUCCAGUUUCUGAAGAAAUGGUCCGCGUCACUGAUGCUGAGUUGGAGGAAUCUAAUCUUCUGGACGACAAUGUCCAUGUCAGGGACAUUCAAUCAAUGCCGCCUCUCUUCGGAAAGCUCUCCGAACGACGACCCGGUGCUCUUGACUACGUUGGCGUGAGUUUUGGCUUGACACAACCUCUGCAUAAAUUCUGGAAACGCUCUCAGUUCGCACCAGUAUACCUGAGACAGACCCCUAACGACCUUACCGGAGAACAUUCUUGCGUCAUGAUUCGCACUCUAUCAACUGGAGCCAAUGAUGCGUCAUGGCUUGGGGCCUUCGUGUCUGACUUCCAUAAACGUUUCCAAACCCUGCUAUCAUACCAAUUUCGUGAAUUCCCGUCAGUCAUGUCUCUGAGUAUGAGCGAGUCUGCCACCGCAGUCUCAAGAUCCGACCCCUCCCUCAAACCAGCCCCUGUCACAAAGGCAGAUAUCGAUGCUGUCUUCUCGCCUUUCGACCUUAAACGUCUAGACAGUUACGCCAACAACCUACUAGAUUACCACGUUAUCCUCGACCUGGUUCCCACAAUAGCAUCACUAUACUUCUCAGGACGCUUAACCCCCGGCGUCAACCUCUCUGGUGUCCAGCAAUCCAUCCUUUUAGCUACCGGUCUACAGCGCAAGACAUUUGACGAUGUAGAAAAGGAGAUCAAGGUAGCUGCAUCCCAGCUCAUGGCGAUGUUCAUUAAAAUCAUGAGAAAAGUAUCCUCGCAUUUCCGUUCCGUCCUAGAAGGAGCCGUGGCAAGUACGCUACCCGCAGCGAACAGGGCUAUAACACAAGGAGAAACAACCGAAGCUCAUGACGACAAGAUCAUUGAAGAUCGAUUCCGUCCUCUCGAAGUCGACCUUGAGGAUGAACUAAAGGAGGGUAGCCGAGUGGUCGAUGCUGAACUUCGAGAGAAACAGCGAGCUUUGAUUGAUGCACUUCCACUGAACCAGUAA